CUAAACAGCGCGACAGCCGUCACUUACAGAAGCCCAACUCGUCCAUACAGCAAGGCCAGCCGCACAGCAAGGCCAGACACAAGGCUCUUAGGCGCCAUUAGCGAGUGAUUUGCCCAUGGAGCAGCAGCAGCCACCGCAAUGCGCGCUAGAAGCAGCUCUAAAGCGAUCCGAUGCUGUGGACGAGAGCACGCCACUUGUCCGCGGAUACACCUUCGACGGAGCUUCCGCUCUCCUCGCGUGCGAAUCCUCCUCUCGCCGUGAUCCGCCGCGAGAAGGUAGCGCCGCAAACGAGGCGCCUAGUAAGGCGGACGGUGAUAUACGAGAAAGCGAUGGAGCUGCGACGGCUACAGCAGGAGCAACCGAACGAGGGGAAGCGGGUACCGCGACAGCCGUAGGAGACGGAGCGGACUCGAUGCGAGAAGUAGGAGAAACGGGCUCGCUGACAGGAGUAGGAGGAGCGGCGUCGGUGGCGGUGGAUUACCAGCAGCUGAUGAGCCGAAUGCUGACGACGGGGUUCCAGGCCACGUGUCUGGGGCAGGCUAUUAACGAAGUCAACCGCAUGCUCGCAUGGCGUCUGAGCCACGACCCGCCCAAGGCCGAUGACACAGAGGAGGAGCGGGACCCUGCCUUCCGGUCGUCCGUGCGGUGCAAGAUCUUCCUGGGCUUCACCUCCAACCUCAUGAGCUCGGGACUCAGAGAGACGUUCUGCUUUCUAGCAAAGCACAGACUGGUGGAUGUGAUAGUGACUACAGCGGGGGGGAUAGAAGAGGAUGUGAUUAAAUGCCUGGCGCCCACUCUCCUGGGCGACUUUGCCCUGCCGGGGAAGGAGCUCAGAGCCAAGGGGCUGAACCGCAUAGGCAACCUGCUGGUGCCCAACAACAACUACUGCAAGUUCGAAGACUGGGUGCUGCCUCUGCUGGACCGCUGCUUGGAAGAGCAGAAGACACAGGGUGUGCUGUGGACGCCCUCGAAGCUCAUUGACCGCCUGGGGGAAUCAAUCAACCACGAGGAGUCAGUCCUGUACUGGGCGCACAAGAACUGCAUCCCUGUGUUCUGUCCAGCCAUCACGGACGGGUCCCUGGGAGACAUGCUCUACUUCCACUCCUUCCGCUCGCCAGGGCUCGUCAUCGACCUUGUGGAAGACAUUCGGCGGAUGAACAGUGAGGCGGUGCACGCCACCCCCGGCGCACGGGCGUGAUCAUCCUGGGGGGAGGGCUGCCGAAGCACCACAUCUGCAACGCCAACAUGAUGCGCAACGGGGCGGACUAUGCUGUCUACAUCAACACGGCCAACGAGUUUGAUGGGAGUGACUCGGGGGCGAGACCGGACGAGGCAGUCAGCUGGGGGAAGAUUCGAGGAGAUGCCACUGCUGUGAAGGUGCAUUGCGACGCCACCAUCGCCUUCCCUCUGCUCGUAGCCGAGACGUUUGCCCGGCACUGGCAGCAGGAGCCAGUGAAGCAGCAGGAGCCAGGGAAGCAGACAGAGCAGAAGAACUAGGCAGCAGAGAGACGAGAAGGGGGAGACUAGGAUUAUCAGGAAGAGCACCCUGGGAGUUUCGGCAUGAAGGGAUGGUUUGUGUGCAGAGGUCGCAAAUGUAGUCCGGUGGAGGUUGUGUAGUGGCCAGCCAGGUGGAGGUUGUAUGGUGCUCCAGCUCUGUACACAUAGUGAUGCUUGCAUUCAUUUUGGAGGUUGACUGACAGUGCGUUGACUGAC